AUGUUCAGAUGGUACCAAAUGAAGCUGGCUUCGCGCCCGAUUUUGACGCAGAGCGUCACCACGGCGGUGCUAUUCGCAACAGGAGAUACCAUGGCACAACAACUGGUCGAGAAGAAGGGAUUGGAGAAACAUGACCUGGCACGAACGGGGCGAAUGGCCUUGUAUGGAGGAGCUGUAUUCGGUCCCGCUGCUACGACUUGGUUCAAGUUCCUACAGAACAAAGUGGUGUUGAAGAACAAGAAUGCCGAAAUCAUCGCCCGGGUGGCAUGCGAUCAAACAAUGUUCGCCAGUACCAACCUGUUCGUCUUCCUCAGCAGUAUGGCUAUCAUGGAGGGCACAAGCCCAAAAGAUAAAUUGGAUCAGAGCUACUGGACGGCAUUGAAGUCGAACUGGAUGGUAUGGCCAUUCAUUCAGUGUGUCAACUUCAAGUUCGUGCCGCUGCACCACAGGGUUCUGGUCGUCAAUGUCAUCUCGCUGGGAUGGAAUUGUUACCUGAGCUUCCUCAACAGCCAGUCGAGUGCGAAAUAG